UCACAUGGUUUGUCAUUACCGUGCCGAGCACAGGCCCUUCCUUGGACUGCCAUCUGAAAUUCAAAUGGACGAGUGGAGGAGGCAAGACAGAACGAAGUCACGGGGGACCUUCCUUUACUCGGAAGCAGUAACACAGGAGGGAAAAUAAACAUAAGGAAGGAGGAGGAAACGGCUGCUAUGAGCGCGCGACGUCUUGUGGUCAUGGAAUAAGUUUUUGGGACACUUCGCUUCUUGGGAUCGCUUCUCUUUUAGCAUAUUUGGACAUACGAAAUGGGAAAAUAAAUGACCGCCGGAGUUCUCCGUGAAAUUGUAGCCCCUCUGGCAAACAACUGCCACACCUUCAGUGUAACAGGUUUUCUACACAACUGUCCAGAUGGGUUGCAGUUGCUGUAGGAUGAUAAAAAGUUACAUCUAUGACCCCUCAGUCCCUGUAGAAGUUCCUGGUCGGAAGCGGGACCCCACCAGCAGCUCUCUAUAUCAAUCUCACAGAUUCCCAGAGGAGGCAGACCACAUUCACAAGAAGCAGGGCUUCCACAACCUAGCAUACAGCACCCAACCCAGCCCGACCAAACUCGACAUCGACAACAACCACAUCAACCGGCUCCAUGCUAACAUUCCAAGCGAGCAGAUCCGAUCGAGCCCAGCGGAGGGUAACCCAAGGCUUUACAUCCUCCAGCCCGAGGGCGAGGGGAUACCCAUAAAAGCCGCCUCCACCAUACGUGCCAAUCCGCCCAUACAGAACGAGUCGUUGUUGGGAACGGAACCGGGCAAGCGAGAGGACAGAUUCCGAGACUCUGGGCUGGGCGGCGGAGGCAUAACAGACGGGACAGAGGGAUCGGACGGAUAUCCCUAUGGACAAGAGGAUGAAGACGAGGACAGGAAGAGCAGGCUGGCCAGUACUCCAGACACCGCUGAUGAGGAGAGUGUGCUGUCUGUGGACAUGCACACCAGCAGUACGAGCCUCUCCUCAGCAGACACAAAGCUCAUGAUCGAGGACCGAGAAAAGGAAGAGCCCUCGAUCGUGAGAGGAGAGAAAGAGAUGGAUUGUGUGAGCGUCACAGACUCAAUGGUGGCAGAGGCCUUGGCCGCUCUGGAUGCGGCGACUGCGGGAGAGGAUUCCGAGUGAAGGUCGGGUGGCUCACUAGUUAAUGGUGACUACAUGGGAGAUUUCCAUACUCACUCUCUCGCUCACCCUCUAUAUUUGAAUACAGCCAAAUAAUAGUGCUCAUGAAGCCUUCCUGCAGACAGUUUGUAGGUACUUUUAUUUUGAAUGGAAAAAAUCAAAUGAAGCCUUGAUAACAGGAACUGCUGCUUGUUUACACAACAAAAACGAACCACUUAUGAGACUUACUUGACCAAAUGAAGGACAAACUCAAUUCUCAGACCAAACUGAUUCUCCUCAGUGCUGUUGUGUAUACACAGCAUCGUAAUGAAAUAAGCUCCAUUUCUUAUCGUCAAAUAUUAUUUUUGCUCCAUAACUUAAUGAAAGUACUCUUCUUCUGUAGCAACUGUUUGGAGGUGGGGUUAAAUCAGUCAUAAUUAUUUUCAUACAUUUUCUAUACAAAGAGGUGGUGAAAAACAAAUAAGCCAGUGUCCUGGUGUCGGGUUAGUUCUGUGCUUAAUGUAAUUUUAGAGACGUUAUAUGAUAUGAUCAAACUGUUUAAUACGGUGAAAUCAAGUUCAUUCAAUCUCAGCAGAUCAAUAUGCUAUUUCUUGCUUGUUGUUACACUGUGAAUACAUCAUCAAUACCCUCAUAGAGCUGUAGGAUGACAUGCGCUUUAUUUUUACCCAUAAAUAUACAGCAAGAAUUGUGGGUGAAUCUCAUGAAAACGUAUUUCAACCAAAAAUAAAAAGUGAAAUUAUAUUUUGCAUAAAAUGCAGUUAUUCUGUAUUUUAGAUGACUAUGUAAAAAAAAAAAAAAUUAAUCAAAUAUUUAAAUGUGACCCUGGACCACAAAACCAGUCUUAAGUCCAGCGUAUAUUUGUAGCAAUAGCCAAAAAUACAUUCUAUGGGUCAAAAUGAUCGAUUUUUCUUUCAUGACAAAAAUCAUUAGGAUAUUAAGUAAAGAUCAUGUUCCAUGAAGAUAUUUUGUAAAUUUCUUACCAUAAAUGUAUCAAAACUUAAUUUUUGAUUAGUAAUAUGCAUUGCUAAGAACUUCAUUUGGGCAACUUUAAAGGUGAUUUUCUCAAUAUUUAGAUUUUUUUGCACCCUCAGAUUCCAGAUUUUCAAAUAGCUGUAUCUCAGCCAAAUAUUGUCCGAAUUUUGAAAAAUUUACACUUAAGACUGGUUUUGUGGUCCAGGGUCACAAAUGUAUAACUACAUUAUAAACAAUAUAUCUUGAGAUUUUUACAUUACAGUGAAGUUAAUUUGAAGAGGAAAUGCGUAAUGCAAAGCAUCUUUAUGGUACAAUGGUAGCUUCAUGUAUGCAAAAUCUAAUUUCUUUUUUCUUUAGAUUUUGAAAGCCGAUCCAUUCAUGAGAUUUAUCCUUGUAUAUUUAUGUUGUUGUUGCACUUUGUACAUUUUAAAAGCAGUAGUGUGUUGAAGAAUCAGGCCAGUGAUGGUAGUUGAUGCUCUACGCUCAGAGGUUAUGCUCUAGUCCUGGUUGACUAUCAGAGGCCUGAUGAACUCUGCUAACUGUACCAUAUAACACUCAUCUCAUGCAGACAAAUGUUUUUCAGAAAAAUGAAUGUAACCCCCCUUAUACAAGAAAUUAUACUUUUUGUCUUUUUUUUUUUUUUUUUUUUGAAGGUCAUUGAGUAUUUCCAAAUGUUUUACCAAGUAAUGCAUUGGUUGAACUUUAUGUAUUGGUCAGAAUCAUUUCUUUUAAACCUGUUAAUGAGUAAAUGUUAUUGACAGGAACUGAUUUUCUAAUGAUGUGACAUUAUGACUACAUUGAGUGCACAUUCACAGUGAAUACGCUGUUUAUAUUCCAUUCUUUCUGCUUUAACCAGAGGACAGAAUUGUCACAUGAACCAGGGGAAAAUAAAAAACAAUGUGCUUGAUCAUAAGACUUGCGAUGUAAUCUGUUGACAUUUCUGUCUUGUGGAUAACAACGCCGUAGGGCCUCUUAUAUAACCCUCCAGCCCUCACUGGCCAGUAAGACGUGUCCUGAAGUGUGUAUGACUGCUAUAUUGUGCUGAAAUCCAAAGAGAUCAGAUAUUGGGAAUGGUGAGGUUUGUGCAAUUCUGCAAAUACUAAAACACGAUUAAGAUACAGAUGUUAUAAACCAUUGUAUUCCGAUGACACUUUUAAUAAGUGAGGAUGAAAAUAAGCAACCAUAAAAAUAUAUAGAACCAUUAAAUGACUAAAUGAGUCAUUUUCAAAAUUCA